AUGAUUGUAGAGAUUUUAACAUGUUUUUUCACUUCAUUAAUUGUAUAUUGUAUUUAUGUUCACAAAAGUAUACAUUAUUCGUAUAAAAAGCGGGGAAUAAAGUACAUCCCUGGACUACCAUUAUUCGGCAAUGCAUUUAAUAGUACUUUUAGAAUUAAACACUUUUUUGAAGACAUCAAUGCAGUUUACAAACAAUUUCCCGAUGAGAAGUAUAUCGGCUACACUCAAGGGACAACGCCAAUAAUCCUCAUCAGAGAUCCAGAAAUAAUAAAAAGCAUUACAGUAAGAGAUUUCGACCAUUUUGUUGAUCAUAGACAAUUCCUCAGUGAAGAUGUAGAGCCUAUCAUCGGCGCUAGUGUCUUUUUUAUGAAAGGUGACAAAUGGAGGGACAUGCGAACCACUCUAAGUCCUGCAUUCACAGGAUCCAAGAUGAGACUCAUGAUGCCAUUCAUGACAGAAAUAAGUGACAUUUUUGUGAAAUACUUGAAAGAUCAUGUAAAAGAGGACAUAGAUGUUUGCGAUUUGAUGCGUCGCUACACCAACGACGUGAUCGCAUCCUGCGGCUUCGGAUGUCAAGUUAACUCAGUCAUCGACAAAGAAAAUGUAUUCUACAAAACAGGACAAACUUUAUGUGAAAUGACAAUUUUACAAAGAAUGAAAUUAAUUUUGGCUAUGGAAUUUCCGAGAUUAGCAAAGAAUCUAGGCUUUAAAAUUUUUGAUGAAAAAGACAUUAGUUUCUUUAAAAAUCUCGUAAAAGACACUAUAGAAUAUAGAGAAAAGAAUAACGUUGAAAGACCAGAUAUGAUACAACUAGUCAUGCAAGCAUUUAAAGGUAGAGAUAGAAACCGACAAAAUUAAACGUGGUCAAAUCAGAGGUAAGGAAUUUAAAUAAAAUAUUCAAACAAAUAUUUAUUGAUACAAUCUGAUGAUGAUACAAUUUCAGAAUGGAGUCAACAGGAUUUAGUAGGACAGGUUUUUAUCUUCUUUUUUGCCGGUUUCGAAUCAUCAGCUUCUAUCCUUAGUCUGACCAUCCAUGAAUUGGCUGUUAAUCCAUUAGUCCAAGAAAAGUUAUAUGAAGAAAUUAAAACAUUUCACGAAACUGAAGGAAAAUUGUCAUAUGAAAACAUUAAGGAAUUAAAAUAUUUGGAUUGUGUUGUAAAUGAAACAUUAAGGAAAUGGACAUCAGCUUUAAUAAUGGACAGAGUGUGCUCGAAGCCGUAUGAGUUACCACCGCCUCGUGAAGGAGGUAAACCGAUUAAACUAAACCCCGGUGAUUUAGUUUACAAUAUGGUAAACUCAAUUCAUCUUGAUCCAAGACAUCAUCCGGAACCAGAAGUUUUCAAUCCAGAAAGAUUUUCUGAGGAAAGUAAACACAAAAUCAAGUCUUUUACGUUUACGCCAUUUGGUAUUGGUCCACGUACUUGUAUUGGAACUAGAUUCGCAAUGUUGGAAAUCAAGGUGUUAAUUUAUAACAUUAUCUUAAACUUUAAGAUCUUAAAAUGUGACAAGACAACAGAACCAAUUCUUUGGAAACCACAUGAGUUUAACGUUGCUGCUCUUGGAGGGACAUGGGUAAAACUUGAAGCCAGAAAAAUUAUUUAUUCAACAAUAGUACGACUACGCCUUAGUACGUUAGUGUUUGUCGGGAAAUCAAGCGAAAUGAUCGUUGAAAUUUUAAUAUUCAUCUUUACUGCUAUAUUAGUGUAUUUUAUAUACACUUAUAAACGUGUACAUAAGCAUUUUGAUGAAAAAGGCUUGAAGUAUAAUCCUGGUCUGCCAAUAUUUGGUAAUAUAAUACGCAGUACGUUCUUAAGGAAACAUGUCAUUGAAGAUAUUGACAAGGUAUACAGAGAAUUUCCGAAUGAAAAAUACGUUGGCUACAUUGAAGCUACUACGCCUAUCGUACUCAUAAGAGAUCCAGAAAUUAUCAAAUACAUCACAGUGAAGGAUUUCGAUCACUUUGUUAAUCACAAGGAUUUCUUUCCUGAAGAAAUUGAACCAUUGUUUGGUAGCAGUUUGUUAUUGAUGAAAGAUGACAAAUGGAGGGAUAUGCGGACAACAUUAAGCCCCGCUUUCACUGGCUCCAAGAUGCGACACAUGUUGCCGUUCAUGGUUGAAAUCAGCAAUAACAUGGUCAACUAUUUAAAGGAUCACACGAACAAAGACAUCGACGUGUCCGAUUUGAUGAGAAGGUACACAAAUGACGUCAUCGCUUCCACUGCAUUUGGUAUCCAAGUGAACUCAGUACAGGACAAAGAUAAUGAUUUCUAUAAGACUGGACAAUCGAUGUUUAAAAUGUCAGCUCAACAGAGGUUUAAAUUCUUCUUAGCGAAUCAGUUCCCUGCGUUUGCUAAGUUGUUGAAAUUAAAAAUAUUUGAAGAUAAAUACAUGAACUUCUUCGACAAUAUAGUAACCACUACAAUGCAACACAGAGAGAAGCACAAUAUAGAACGACCUGAUAUCAUACAAUUGUUAAUGCAGGCCCAUAAAGGAAAUUUGAAAGCUGAGGACGUUGAUUCCAAAGAUGAUGUCGUCAUAGAAGCAGAAAGACUUAAGCAUCUAAGUUCUGCUAAACAAUGGUCGCAAAGAGAAUUAGCAAGUCAGGUGUUUCUCUUCUUCCUAGCAGGCUUCGAAACAUCAGCAACCGCUUUAACAAUGUGUUUCCACGAACUGGCAAUUAAUCCGAAAAUACAAAACAGAUUGUAUGAAGAAAUUAAAUCGUUCAAAGAAAAACAUGAACGAAUUACAUACGAUAAUAUCAAUGAUAUGAAAUAUUUGGAUUGCGUUAUAAAUGAGACAUUACGUAGGUGGGCUCCAGCUUUGAUUAUGGACAGAGUUUGUACGAAGGCUUACGAGCUGCCGCCGCCUCACGAAGGAGGGAAACCUUGUAAAUUGAACCCCGGUGACGUAGUGUACAACGUGGUGAACUCCAUACAUCUGGACCCAGAGCAUUAUCCAGACCCUGAAGUAUUCGACCCUGACAGAUUUGCUGACGACAGAAAACAUGAGAUCAAACCAUUCACAUUUAUGCCGUUCGGUAUUGGACCACGUGUUUGUAUUGGUUCAAGAUUCGCACUAUUGGAGCUAAAAGUACUGAUCUACGAUGUCUUAUUGAACUUCAACAUAUUGAAAUGUGAGAAGACAUCAGAUCCGAUAGUUUUGGAGCCUCAUGACUUUAAUAUCAAAGCUGCGGGAGGAACGUGGAUUCAGUUAGAACGAAGAUGCUAAUAUAGUUCUUCGUGGAUGAAAACGUAAAUUGUAUAAGUGACGUUUCUUUGAUUGAAUAUAAUCGAUUUCUAUGUAAGUUAAGGUUGCCUAAAAUUGUAAUUUUAAUUUCUUUAUAAAUAAAGAUUUGUAUAAC